AUGGAGGGUGGCGCUACUUCUCAAAUCCACCACCCGUUUGCACGGAAAUCUGCGCUUGAAACUCUUCUCUGUGGCGCAUUGCUGGAUGUCUUUCAGCAUCUUCAGAACACAGUAGCUAGCCUGUUAGCUAGAGCUUCAAAAGAUAUGAGCCGCAAAAGAGACCACACUUUUACCGAAACAAGCCUUUCUCCCGACCCCCAAAACGCAUUCAUGGACACUCCGGUGUCUGCAGCGCGACCCCAUGAAGAUGUAUUGGAAUUCGAGCCCGACGAGGAGCUACUCUGCUCGGUGAGCGACAUCACCGAACACCUUGGGAGAAACAUAACAGUGGUGCUCGAGACUGCGUUGUCCGAAAUCAGGAAAAUGGUCAGCGUCAGGAUACGGGUUCUGAAAAUGGAGCUUCGGGAGAAAACGGACGAAAUCGAAGUCUUAAAAACGAGACUAGAGGUGCAAAUAGACGGUAGGGACCCGUAUCCUGGAGGAAUGACCACCGAGGUUGCAUCUGUAUUCAGGAAAGCAGACUUCCAUUCAGGAAGCAAACACAACAACAACGACCACAAGAAAGCCAAACCAGCCAUGCCUGGUGUGAAGAAAGAAAACAUCAAUGCCAUUUGCGACUAUCUGAUGAAAGAUAAGAAUUCACGGGGUGCUGAAACGGACAGCGACCCGAGCAAUCCUUCUUCUGGUAGCGACAGAGACAGCCGCCACGAUCCCCAGCCGCACUCCUUCAACCAUCUGUGGCCGGACAGUGGCAUUCCUGACGCGGGGCAUGGGGACGGGGAAUCGGACUCGGCCACGGAUAACAUAUUUGACAUGUCGCUACCAUCAGGAAGCAAGCGGAUCCACGACUAUGAGUGGAUGACUGGGGUGGAGUACACGUCGGAUUUGAAAGGUAUGAGGGAGCCUAAAUCGGAGAGUGCCAAAACACCAGAUGAGGAAGAUGAUGAAGAGGGUGACGAGUCAAAAGAAGAAAGGAAUGAUGGAUUGGAGCAUCCCCCAGCCCCUCUCUCCCAUGACACAAACAGCCCCGACUUUCCCCUGCACCCCCAGGGCUCUCCAGGAGGGGAGGGGGACAGUUCUUUGGAGGCCCAUGUGGAUCGACUAGAACCGGGUCAGCAGUUUACCUCCCACACAUACCUCUGCCCACUGUGUGGAACCUUCUGCCCCGACUCCUUGUUCCUAGAGGAGCACCUCAAACUGAUACACGGCGACACCACCGGCACCCACUGUGCCCUGCAGUCCACCUCCAUUGCUCCCCUCUCUCUGGGAGAGGGUAGCAGUGACUCCAAGCGGGGGUUGGCGGGGCUUGAAGGAGGGAGCAUUCCUUCUGGAGCUAGGGGGAUGGGCCUAGCAAGAGGAGGAGGAGUCGGGGGAGGAGUAGGGACGAGGGAGAAGAAAGUGGAAGGGGGUUACGAGUGUGGAGAUUGCGGCCGCCAUUUCAACUACCUGGGAAACCUGCGGCAGCACCAGCGCAUUCACACGGGGGAGAAGCCCUUCAUAUGCCCAGAGUGUGGGGAGAAGUUCCGGCACGCUGCCCGAUUGAAGAGUCACCGGCUGGGGCACAACGGUGGCCAGAGCCCCUUCCCCUGCCCCCAGUGUGGGAAGGGCUUCCCGGUGCUCUCCGGCUUAAAGAGACACCAGCGGGUACAUACAGGGGAGAGUCCCUACGCGUGCCAGCAGUGUGGGCGGCGCUUCAAGGAGCUGGGUAACCUGUACACCCACCAGAGGAUUCACAGUGGUGCCACACCCUACUGCUGCCAGCAGUGUGGGAGGAGCUUCCGCCACCUGGGCACCUACAAGAGCCACCGCUGCACCCCCACACAGUGACAGUGACAUUCUACGCCGCUACCUUAAAGCUAGACUGGCUAACUGCUAAGUCUAGCCUAGCCAUCACAGGAGCCUAUUGAUAUGCUGUUAACUGAGGCAGGAACAUUGUCUGAGUCUAAAGACAAGCCUCAUAUGGACUUAAAAGGGAGGGAGACUGUGCCAUGAUGAAGAAGAUGUCAAAGGGCAUCCUGAUGAAAGCCAUGGCCUCGUUCAAAUAGUACAAAACACAUAAUUCCCUCUUCGGCUCCCUUCCUUGAAGUAAUCACUCAUCUAAUAAUAAUAAUACUUUUAAUUUAUAUAGUGCUUUUCAUUACAAACAUGAAUCUCCAAGUUGCUUUGAAAACAAAAACAUAUGUAGGGAUCUGGCAGUUCCUGUUUGAUGGUCUUCCACAGCUUCAGAUGUCUAGGCAGUUCAGAAAGGCAACCGGUAGCAGUAGCUUAAGUGGCAGGAGUGUCGAUGAUACAGACAGGCAUAGAGAAACAUCAGUCAGAUACCAGUAGACAGGCCCGGAGCUCUUCAUCAGAGAGGGAGAAACGUCAGUCCGAUACUGGUAGACAGGCCAGGAGCUCUUCAUCAGAGAGGGAGAAACGUCAGUCCGAUACUGGUAGACAGGCCCGGAGCUCUUCAUCAGAG